UCCUGUUCUUGGUGCUGGUGGUCUUACUGUUGUUAUAAAAACGACAAAAGACAAAAUGUUCACUGGUCAUAAUCUUUUAGUUAUUCAUGUGGCAGAGUUAGGGGAGAACAAUAACAUAAACGAAUGUAGGCUUAUUAAUUUGUCAGAAAACAAAGCAAAAAACAAACGAUCAAACAAAACAAAACAGAGACGUUAGUUACUGAAUGUUAUACGUAGGUAAAAUCAUGGAUAUUUAUUUAUGAAAAAUAGCAUGGUGAUUUCAAGAUUUUUGCUAACAAGAAACUAAACCACAUUUUAAAACUUUACUUUUAAUUACCGGCUGCUUCAGAAAGCGAGGCAGAUUUGUUUUAAUGUCAGAAUAAACAGAGUUUACAAAACAAUUGUGAGAAAGAGAAAUCGAGUAAUAGAAUCCGGUGAAAAGAUUUCGGUGUCGGAAAUCUGAAAAAUACAUUAUUACCUGUUCCCAGGGUAGCUAUUGUUGAAAUGAACUGAAUUAGGAGACACUUCAGGUUUCAGUCUCGGCAAUAAACUGGAACCUGACUAUAACCCAAAACAUAAGAGAGCGAAACUAACCAAAAACCAUACAAUAUGACAUGCAAUACUUACCUGACCAAAACACAUCUAUUCUUCUUUCUCAUGACAAAUAGCUGUAAAGUAUACUGUUCAUUUUACGUCAAGGAUGACUUUUCAUUUAGCUUCCACCACAUCGUUAAAGGCUUGCUUGCUUUUUAUCCUCUAGUUAACAGAAGGUCCACCGACAGAUGGGUGAUGGCACGGGGUUGUGUCAAGGCGUAUGAUCACUAUAAUUUGGCUCUAAAAUAGUACUGCCAAGCUUCGUAUUUUAAAACAAUAAAAAUGUUUGAGGUUGGCAUUAUAUAGACAUACGUUUUUCUUUCUUCUGAAACGCAGUAAAAAUGAUUAAAACCGAAAAAUGAAUACUAUAGUAAUGAAGUCAAACUGUGAAACAGCUUCUUAAUCCACAGUGAACUCCUUGUGUUGUUUCCUUUCCUCCACUGCAUGCACUACCAGUUCUCAUCGCAUAGCGGCAGCGUUGAUCUAAAUUCAUGUUCAGAGAGAUACAUUUUUCCUAAACAAUUUAAUGGCAAUUAUUUAAAGAUAACAAAUUAACAAUCAUAUGAAAUCUUCGGAUAACAGUACAAAACAACAAUAACCCAUUUAAUAAAUCACAUGAAAAGCACUGACUUUUCACUGGGACUCUUGGUUACAAUGUUUGGGUAUUGUUUACAAUAUUUGAAUUUUGUUCCAACUAUUUUGUUUACCAAAUAUCUGAGCAAAAUUGACCAUAUAGUUCGUCUAAUACAAAGCAGAGCUAUUUAUUAGUGUUAUUAGUGAACAGAAUAUACGAUGACAUCUGUGAAGACAAAUCUAACCACGCUUGGAAUAAAACCAAUUCCUGUAAUGAAACCUGUCUUGGUUGAAACAGGAAUGUUGAAAAUACUUUUCAGUGUAGACUUCUGUGUACGAUCUUUAAAGCCUACAUUAUAUGUGAAAGUCUGCAUGUGUGUAGUCCCUUAUGUCUUGACUUGAUCUACUUGGUAGGAGUAAAUUUGCUGCUCCAAGACUAGCCUCAAGAUUUUAUGUAUUUAAACCAAAAGUGUAUGUAAGAGCGUAGCUUUAGACAAACCACGCGUUUGUGGUUACAGACUAUGAAUUUUGUACGUGUCGUAUGAGCCCUCGCCACUGAAAUGGUUUUCCAGCAGUGUCAUCCCUCCCUCUACCUCCCCUCUACUCACACAUCACCAACUCCUUCUCUCCUUUUCCAUUUUCUCCCUGUUCACUCUACUAUCACCAUCGCGCUGUUGUCUGUUUGGAAAUGACGGGGCCAAUGAAAAAGGAGUCAGUAAGACUGAAAAUGCAAAACAAUUUUAUAGAGCUCUGCAGGAGGGAAGAAAACCACUAUUUUAUGAAACCGCAUCACUAAAAAUGCUAUGUGAUUACACUCGCGGAGAAAUUUGCUCACAAGCGUCUGCGCGCGAAAUAUUUACAAUAUAGCAGUCUUUUGCGCGUAAAUGUAAGCUAGACUGUAUGGCUUAAGACAUUACGGAAACAAGGCUGGUUUAACCUAAAAUGAAAUAGAGCUAUUUUAGGAAAGUUGAUGCAAAGAAGAAAAAUGAGUUCCUAUUUCGUCAAUUCUCUCUUUAGCAAAUUCAAAGGAAGCGACUCCCUGCGUCCAAACUACUACGAGUGUUCUGGGUACACACAGGAGCUUGCAGGCAGACCGUCUGUGUUGUACGGACACAGCACAGGAUCUACAUUUCAACACACAACCCAGCUUCCGGAGUUUUAUCACCACGGAGCCUCCACGUUCUCCCACGCACCGUACCAACACAGCCAGUAUCACGGAGAGCCAGCCGCAAACCUUUUUGCCCAGGACGCCUUGCAGAGACAGACUUUUUUCGGCACACAAGACACGGAUUUAGCCCAAUUUGGAGACUAUACUGUGAAGGCAAGCUACAUCAGUGAUGAUUUGGAGAGCACAGAAACGUGCCCAACCCAGCUCUUCCCCUGGAUGCGACCGCAAGCUACUGGCCGAAGGCGAGGCAGACAGACGUACAGCCGCUACCAGACGCUUGAGCUGGAGAAGGAGUUCCUGUUUAAUCCGUACCUGAACCGCAAGCGGCGCGUGGAGGUUUCGCGAGCGCUUUGCCUGACCGAGCGCCAGGUGAAGAUCUGGUUUCAGAACAGGCGCAUGAAGUGGAAGAAAGAGAACAACAAGGACAAGUUCCCGAGCAGCAGGGCUGAGCAGGAGCAGAUCGAGAGGCAGCGACGCGAAUGCGUCGAGGAUUCAGGAAAACGUACUCCAGGAGAGGCAGACUCAGAGGACGCGUGACUCCGUGAAUUACAGAUCGAGCUAAGACGUGCUCCGAUUAGUUUAGUAACAUUUCUGAAAAUAUAUAACAACGUGAUGUAAACGCUUGAUCUCUUAUUAAGCCUUGUCUAACAAAACACGAGGUAUUUCUUUAAUCAAUGCCAAUGUGAAUAUAAUAAUAAUAAUAAUAAUAAUAAUAAUAAUAAUAAUAAUAAUUGUAAACAGUGACAAUAUUCUUAUUGUUAAUAAUCAAUUAAUUUAAAUGUAGAUAUAUUUCGUUCAUCGUAGUUCAAUGAAUUCUUACCUCAGAAGUAUUGAUAGUUGGCAGUUGUUCUGUGCGUGUGUGUGUGUGUGUGUGCGCAUGUGUGCGCGCGCGCGCUCGUGUGUAUGCACGCGCCAGCUCUCGUGCACUGUGAUAUGGGGAAGUAAGCCCACGUCUUACUACAGCUACCAUAUCUCAGCUCCGUUUUUUGCGUAAAUUGUUAUUAUGAAGAUUGUUAAACAUCUGCUCUGAGACCUAUUCACUCUACUGCACGACUUUUUAUUCAAAUUUAAACUUCGGAUUUAAUUUAGAAUCAUGUUAGCUAUUUUAUUGAAUAUGAUCAGGGAAUAAAUGGGUCCAGUUACUGCAGUACUUUAGGCUACCUAAUAUGCACUUAGAAUUAUUGACUGAUGAGAAUAAGAAUCAGACUUAAACACUGUCUUAAACAUUAUGUCUUAAACACUACCUAUAAGUAACUCGGUUCAAUGACUCAGUCCAUUACAAGGCAAACGCAAUGCGUGACCUACUGUAAAUACUCCAAACCCUGCUGGAUAUAGUCCUAUAAAAAUUUGUGUAAGAACACUUGAUUGUUGUCUUAUCGUCUUUUUUUUAAUGUUUGUGUUUGGAGGUGUAUGUGUAAAAAAUACAAUAAAGAAA